AUGGCUGAAGGGAUCGACACUUUGCAAUCCCUGUACUCGCGUUCGGUGAAGUCGUUUUCCUACGGCCCUUCUUUAAACGCAGCGGGUGGGUCUCGUCGUACUGCUCGACGAGACCAAGGACAUCAACAAUCAGCUGGGCACGAGGCUCCCAGCUGUUUCACGCCGGAGGAUAGCCACGCCAGCGGAACAGGUAACUCAUCCGGACGCCAUUCACAUCGCGGCGGUUCAAAAUAUGCUCCACUAGGAAGCGUUGACCACCGCUUGAGUACAACAAAGGAUGUGGUAGCGGUGGGAUUACCUGAUCCAGCUCCAGGGUCGGAUCAAGUUGAUGUUCAAGAACUGAACCGUCUAACGGAACGUUUGCAAGAUGACCUGGCCCAUGAACGAUUUUGGCUUUAUGGGCUUGAGGAUCUUGUGAGGAAGAAUAAAAAUUUCCCAACGCACGAUCGUUCGGACGAUCGUGCCGCUUUUUCUUUUGCGCAACUUGAGAACGAACGUUCGACUCGUUUUCUUAGUGAUGAGCUGGCUGCUGCUCGUCGAGACAUCGCUGAUCUGCGUGAACGGGUCGCUUCGCUAGUCGACCAGACUGGCCAGUUGAAACGGGACCACUCGAGGGUAGUCUCGGCUUUCGACCGUGGAGGUGUUCUUCGCAUCUUGAAACGGGCUCGUACUGAUAGUACGGGCGGAGACGACCAAAGUAAAACGUAG